AUGUCUUAUCAAGACAAUCAACCAAGCCAAUACAGUGAAUUGCGAAGUAUCCACAAAUGCUACAUUGAUUUAUAUAAUGUAUUAUAUCAGCUGAAAACAGAAAAAGAAGACGAAUUAAACUCAAUUUACAAAUUGAUCAAAACGGAAUUGAUUGAUUCAAAGAUAUGCCAUCCACAGAAUAUUAUGAGAGACAUUUUAAAUAUCAUUCCAUAUCAUAAUCGCUAUACAAAGUCAUAUUUAUAUCUUGCCAAGCUCAUAUCAGAUGAUUAUCAUAUCAAUGAGGUCUACAACGUCGAACAUAUUUCAAGUAUUCUGUUUUAUAAAGAAUAUGGAAUUAAGUUAAACGAAACUCAAGACUUCGAAAAUACGAAAUCAGAUAAUUUAGAUAUUCAAUCAGAAAAUACAAUUUACGGAGCAAUUAUGAAUAAUGAUCUAAAGAGAUUCAUUUCAUUCACAGAAAAAGAGGGAUUUAAUAAAGAUCAAACACUUUAA